CUUUGCUGUUAGCCUCUUGGAACUUCGAGCCCAGCUGCUCGCACAGGACUCGGCCACCUGCCCUUCCUGCACCGCCUGGCCAGGAGUUCAGAGCCUCAUGCUGAGCCAGGAGGAGCUCCGGGGGACGCACAGGGCAGGAUCGGGAUUGAGAGGCUGAAAAACUCAAGAGGUUUGGAUAUGGACCUUCUUCAGUUCCUGGCCUUCCUCUUUGUCUUGCUUUUGUCUGGGACGGGAGCCACAGGCACCUUGAGGACUUCCCUGGACCCAAGCCUGGAGAUCUACAAGAAGAUGUUUGAGGUGAAGCGGCGGGAGCAGCUGUUGGCACUGAAGAACCUGGCACAGCUGAACGACAUCCAUCAGCAGUACAAGAUCCUUGAUGUCAUGCUCAAGGGGCUCUUUAAGGUGCUGGAGGACUCCCGGACAGUGCUCACCGCUGCUGAUGUGCUCCCAGAUGGGCCCUUCCCCCAGGACGAGAAGCUAAAGGAUGCUUUCUCCCACGUGGUGGAGAACACGGCCUUCUUCGGCGAUGUGGUGCUGCGCUUCCCGAGGAUUGUGCACUAUUACUUUGACCACAACUCCAACUGGAACCUCCUCAUCCGCUGGGGCAUCAGUUUCUGCAACCAGACGGGCGUCUUCGACCAGGGGCCCCACUCGCCCAUCCUCAGCCUGAUGGCCCAGGAACUGGGGAUCAGUGAGAAAGACUCCGACUUCCAGAACCCAUUUAAAAUCGACCGCACAGAGUUCAUUCCCAGCACUGACCCUUUCCAGAAGGCCCUGAGAGAAGAAGAGAAACGCCGGAAGAAAGAGGAGAAGCGGAAAGAGAUCCGAAAAGGCCCGAGGAUCUCCAGAUCCCAGUCUGAGUUAUAGCCCUGGAGCAGCUCAGGGCUCAAGGGGCCACAAGGAGGCAGGUAGGGAGGAAGAAGAGGUGGAGAUGUAGUUGUGGUGGAGAGCACCAGCCAGCCCCUUCCAGAAGGAGAGGCCACAUUUUCCCAGCCCCCUGGAGCUGGGUCUGAGCCCUGGCUAAAGGGACUGAGCCUCAGAUGGCUGGCUUUUCUCUCAGGGGCCUCCUGCUGAAGGGGCCUUCAGAGGACUUUAUACUGGAAAUAUGACCCUGUGCAGACUGCUGGGGGAAGCAGGGGGAUGCCUGCCUGGACUCUUUUGGUGGCUGAAAACCUCUGGCCAGCUGGCUUCCACUCUUGGUGGGGAAGCAGCAGAAGUAGGUUCUGAGCCACAGGUGAGGGUGCCACCCUGCUGCUGGCCCCACAGUGUCACAGAGCUGCCCGGCACAGGUCCCAGCCCCUCUGCAGAGACACAAUAAAAGCCAGCGGACCCUUUGGACCAAC